AAUUUCAAAAUAUUUAUUUACAUUAAAUACGAGUGUCUACUUUAUUCAUCGACAAAAAUACAUGUUAUAAUCAAAAUAAAUCAUCAAAUAUAAAACUUAAGGCAUGUCAAAAUGGGACUUCAGAGAUGUUUCUUGGAUACUACGAAAAUUCCGUCAGUUUCUAUUAGGAAGAAGGCAUGACAUUCCCAAUCUCCACGUUCGUUUCCCACCCCGGAUAUCCCCAAGGUCCAUCCCAACUCCCAGCAUUCCUCGUGGGCCGGACUACAUUAAUAAAUACUAUGAUCAGUGGUACAUGGACAGGAGCGCUAAAGAUGGAGUCAAGCCGCCAAUUGUGGGACCCUUAGGUGAGGGUCCCUCGUAUCCGUUGGAUUGUACGAAGACUCCUCGAAUUACCACCGUAAAACCAACAGAGGUGAAUUUCGCCUGCCCCCCGACCCCCGGCACGCCAUGGUGGUGGGACGGGCACUGCUACUACGAGUCUACACCGGAGAAGCCACCCAAGAAAGCUGUCAAAUGUGAUCCACCUCCCGACCAGUGUCCUAAGACUCCAAAGUGUUAACGUUUAGGUACGAUG